CCCCCCUUCACCUGUGACAUGGACGUCAACGCCCAUGAGCUCGCUCUUCUUCUCCUCCUCGUCUUCUCUCCCUUCUCUCUCUUCCACCGCCAUCGAUGACCCACAUCUCGAGCUCACCGUCACUCCUUCCGCAUCUGCAUUCUAUGCCGGAGAGGUAUUCACAGCGACCAUUACCUUUCGCAAUACGCGUAAAUCCCAUACUGUCGAAGACGUACCUAUAGGAUCUCGUGUCGUCUCAGCCGUGAGACCUCAACCGAUUCUUGAGCCUCGACAACACGAGCCGACGCGACCAUUACCACCCAGGCAAAAACAAAUCGGUCUCCAUCUCUCUUCUGCGCCUCCUCCUCCUCCUCCUCCUGCCGCCAAUGCCAUCGCUGGACCUUCUAAACCCCGGGACCUCCAUCGGCCUCUUCAUCUGUCUCCUAAUCUUCCUGACGAUUCUCCAUAUAGCCCAGGUGCUAACCCUUCGACUCGAGCGGGUUGGCCGACGUUUCGAAGCCCAGAUCAAGCUUCUAGAGGUCACUCUCGUCGAGCUAAAAGUCUCGCUCUGGGAAAGGGGCAAUUGAGCCCUCAACAACUCGUCUGGGCCCUAGGCGAACGAUCUAGGACGCCACCACCUCUGCCGCGCAGACCAAAUGGACAGAAUCAUAUUCCAGACGCUCAUCCUCAUUCGCGAAAACAAUCUCUGGCCAGUCCUAUCUCCGCACCGGUGAACGGGGAGGAUCAAUUUGAUUCACUUCCCAACGUACUGGAGGAAUCCUCCGUGAUCGAUCUCACUCCACUCAGUCCUCCUCCUAUCCAUCCUCGCUCCCGCUUGCAACAGCCUCGGACAACAACCAUCCUGUGGGCUUACACCCGGCUCAAAGCAACAUUCCACCCUUCCAAUGCCUAUAUCCCACCAGACCCACUCUUGCCUCUUCGAUCACUCAUGCUCCACCAGCCAGUAGGCUCAGGAUCUCUGCUCGACGCUCCGUCCAAACCAUCCAGAUGGCAGCCGAGUUUCGGUACAGGCGCUAUAGGCUCGUCUACUCGUCCAUCGUUGACGGGAAGUCUCUUUGGUUUGGCCAAGGACUUGGUCUCGGGCGGAGCAGGAGGAAGCUUGGAGGAAGAGCGAAAACGAGUAUGGAAUCUGAAGGAUCUGCCAGUACUUGAGACCCAUCGGAGUCUUCUAGGUGUUGAUAUCCAGCUCAAAGAAGGAGAAUCAAAGUCUUUCACGUACUCCCUCUCCCUGCCAAAAGUCCUCCCGCCGUCUCAUCGAGGCAAAGCAUUUCGAUUCGCUUAUGAUCUGGUCGUCUCUCUGUCAGUAGGUCUGCCGGGAAAGCGACAAAAGACGUCAGAGAUAUUGGUCCCAGUCCGAGUGUGGGCUCACGUCUCGGUCGCGGACAAUAUACCCAUGUACGAUAUCUUAAAGCCGGUCAUGGGCGCUCAAGAGGGUGUCGUAGCCACGCCAUCGGAUAAAAAGGGCGUAUCUGAAGACAGGUCCUUGGAGGCAUACGCAAAGGGUCUACUUGAUGGCCCAAUCGUAUCCCCUUCGGAGGUAUCUGCUACACGCCCUUUGGAGCAAGCGCACUGUGGCGAAGCGGUAGAGGUCCUCAGUAGACAUUCACCAAAAUCAACCUAUGAUAUUGCAAAAGAUGGACAACCUGUAGCUACGUUGACUUUGACCAAGACUGUCUUCCGUCUCGGGGAAAGCGUCGUCGGUUUAGUCAUGUUCAACGGAAAAAACGAAAGGCGCGUCCUCAGAUUCUCUGCUUUUCUCGAAUCACACGAGAUCAUUCCUGAGACUCUUCGACCUGACUGCUACUCGCCCGACCUAUCUCGGCUCCACGCCGAUUUUCACACUGCCUACGCCAUCAAUACCAAACAAAUGGCAUUCUCACUGGACAUUCCAUCCGAUGCUACCCCAGCUUUCGGUCUACUGACAGGUUCUGGUGGUGACCCCGGUGGGUUGGAAUGGAGAGUCAGAUUAUCAAUGUGCGUUUCGACGAAAGGUGUCCAUUUGGUCCCGAUAGCCAAGGCGACCGGCGCCGCAGCCGAGGGACAGGUCUCGACUGCUUCAUCGAGCAUCGCUCCGUUGGUACCUGUGAAACGGGAUACAGACGUGUGGAGAGAACAAGAGACUGAAAUUAUAGAAUGUGAUAUCCCCAUCAGGGUACUAGCGGGCAAUACUGCAUUCUUAGUGAGACCGAGCACACAAAUCAUAUAGCAUAUGAAUCCUAUCAUUUUUG